GUGCUGAAGUUGUUGAGAUUUUUUUCUCGGUUGCCAUGGAUUUCUAAAAAAAAAAGCCAUUGACUGCAACUGAUCUCUCUCAGAACAGAGCAAAGAGCAGAGCAAAGCUGUUGCGUUACUUUAUUUUCUUUAGCAGAGAGAGAGAGAGAGAGAGAGAGAGAGAGAGAGAGAGCGCGAAUGAGAGAAUGAGAAUCUCGCACGAGAGGCAUUUCCACGCCAGAUUUCACUCAGCUAUCGCUCGCUACACACACACUCCGACUCUCCGAAAGUGACCCUCACAGAGUGGAGCACCGCAUGCUGGUAAUUGGACUACAGGGCUGUCAGUCAUACUAACAGAGUGGACAAAUAAGGUCUGUCCACAUUCGAAGAUCACCAGCUGCGAAUGACAGGCAGCUUACACUUGAUUCAUCACAGACAGUCACAAAUCUCCUGUAUCUACUGGAGUGAGAUGUACUGAGAUCUGCCCCACACCAGUUUUUGUUUCUUUCUCUGCUCAACUCUGAGUGUGUAGCCAGUGAUGCGGUUACCGUGGAGACUGGGUGUCGCCCUGCUGCUGGGGGCAUUUCUCAAUACCAGCCAUUUCAGCAACACUCUGGAAAUUCCAUUGGAAAUUGAGCAGCCGCCAACGAUAACAGAGCAGUCACCAGCCACUCUUAUCGCUUUGUCCUUUGAUGAGAGCUUCGCAAUCAAGUGUAAAGCCAAAGGCAACCCUGAUCCAGAAUUCAAAUGGACAAAGAAUGGGCAAGAUUUUGAUCCUUAUCAGGACCCCAUGUUGAUCACUUAUGAAGACUCUGGAACGUUUAUUAUCCCGAACAAUGGGAACCUCACCGAAUACCAAGGCGUCUAUCGCUGUUACGCCUUCAACAAGUUCGGAACUGCAAUGUCAGAGGAAAUUGAGUUCAUCAUUCCCAAUGUUCCAAAGUUCCCAAAGGAGAAAAUUGAUCCAAUCGAGGUAGAAGAGGGACAGCCAUUUAUUCUGGAAUGCAAUCCACCUAAAGGAAUUCCUCCACUGGAAAUCUACUGGAUGACGAUCAGCAUGAAGCAAAUUGAGCAGGACGAAAGAGUGACUGUGGGGCUGAAUGGCAACCUCUACUUCUCCAAUGCUAUUCAGACAGACAGCCGGAGAGACUAUUGCUGCUAUGCAUCCUUCCCAAGAAUUCGUACCAUCGUCCAGAAAACUGCUAUGUCCGUUAUUGUCAGAAACUCAAAGUCAAUGAGUCAAUCUGGUAGUGGAAGGGAAAAAGCCAACGCGAUUCUGAAGAGGAAGCCCAGUCUUCUGUCGCCCUCUGGUGGUCAAACAUACACUCAUAUUGUGAAAGGCGAGGAACUGCUAUUAGAAUGCAUUGCUGAAGGCUUCCCAACUCCAAAGGUCGAGUGGUUCAAGAUAGGAGCGAAUCUUCCUGACCGAGCCGUAGUGAAGAAUUUUGGGAAGCACCUCAGCAUAGAGGAAGUGAUAGAUGAUGAUAUGGGCAAAUACAUGUGCAAAGCCCAUAAUGUUUAUGGACAAGUUUUGCAUUACUUCCAUGUAGCAGUGGAGGAGGCUCCUAAAUGGGAGAUUGAACCAAAAGGCCAGCUGAAUGUGAUUGGAGCUGAUGUUGUCAUCAAAUGUGCCGCAAAUGGCAACCCACCACCCUCUGUGUCAUGGUUGGUGAAUGGACACUCUCUGAGUGAGGUCCCAGCAACAAAAAGAGAAGUGUAUGAUGACAUCAUUAUGAUCCACAAUGCCAGCCCCAAUGACAGCGCAGUUUAUCAGUGUGAAGCCUCCAACAGACACGGAACACUACUGGCCAAUGCUAACAUCAUGAUAAUGAACCUGCGCCCACUGAUCCUGACAGAAGACAAUCGUGAGUAUUCAGCAGUGGAGGGGAAGCAAGUGAUCAUGCACUGCUGGGUGUUUAGCUCACCACCAUCAGUUAUUGUCUGGAGUAAGGAUGACAGUGCUAAUGCCAUAGAGGGAGAGAGGUUUACCAUACAUGCAAAUGGUUCCCUAGAGAUCCACAAUGUGACAGGGGAGGAUGACGGCGAGUACACAUGUGUCACUGAAAACUCUGAGGGCAAAUUGGCCAUAACUGCAAUAUUGGAGGUUAAAGUUCCCACUAUGAUAGUGAAUGCUCCUCAGGAUCAGCGUGUUCUGAUAGGCACCACAGUUCAGUUCUCAUGUCAGGCUGAAGUAGACCCAUCCUUCAAUGAGGAUUUUGAGAUGAUAUGGGAAAAAGACGGCGUCCCUCUCAACAACAGUGAAAGCACUGGCUAUUUUGUUGAUGGAAAGAUGCUGCAAAUUGCUAAUGUAAGCUUCGGUGAUCAGGGUGUGUACGUGUGUGUAGCCAGAAGUCCAGUGGAUCAGGACAGGGCCAUGGCAUUGCUUACAGUACUGGAUGUACCAGAUGCCCCACAAGGUGUUGUGCUUGCCGAGCACAAAAACAGAACAGUAAAACUUAAAUGGAUCCCGGGAGAUGACCAUAACAGCACUACUACAGAGUUUAUUAUUGAAUAUGAAGAGAGCCAGUGGGAGCCAGGCCGGUGGAAGGAGCUGAUUCGAGUGCCUGGAAAUCACCACUCAGCUCUGCUGAAGCUCCACGGCCACAUAGACUACAGCUUCCGCGUCUCAGCAGUGAACGAGGUGGGGAAAGGACGACCCAGUAGAGCCAGUGACAGAUACAAAACCCUUGCCUCAGCACCUGACAAGAACCCUGAAAACAUCAAGAUAGAAGCUCAUUUGCCACACGAAAUGAAUAUCAACUGGAAGCCCUUGUCCCCUAUGGAACACAACGGGCCUGGUUUGGAGUACAAAGUGAGCUACCGGCGACAGGAUGUGGAAGAGGAGUGGCAAGAGCACAUGGUGAAGAGGCACUCAUUCGUGGUGAAGAACACGCCAACAUUUGUUCCUUACGAAGUCAAGAUCCAAGCCAAGAACCAUGUUGGCUGGGCUCCUGAACCUGAAACCAUAGUUGCCUAUUCAGGAGAAGACUUCCCAUCAGCAGCACCAGAGAAUGUAGCGGUGGAGGCGAUGAACAACACAGUGGUGAAGGUCAGCUGGAACCGCCUUCACAAGGACAAAUUGCAUGGACAUCUGGGAGGCUACACGGUUCAGUGGUGGCGUUUGCGCAGUCUCUUGAACUCAAAGAAAAUGCAUGGUGAUAAACAUACCCUCAUGUUUCCUGGUGACAGAAAACAUGCCCUAAUCCUUGGGCUCCAACCUUUCUCCGAAUACAGUCUCAUAGUCACGGCCUACAAUGGACGAGGCAAUGGACCAGGAAGCCACCCGGUCACUUUUAAGACUCCAGAGGGAGUUCCGGGUCAAGCUGCACUUUUCAGGGCUACAGAUGUUCAGAAGCAUGCUCUGACACUUAGCUGGUCUCCUCCGGUAGAGGCUAAUGGAAUUCUAACCAGCUGUGUCCUGCAAUACCAGCUAAUUAACAACACAGCGGAAGUGGGACCUCUCCAGACUGUGAACAUCACCAACCCUGAUACAAAUAAAUGGCACCUUAGGGACCUGGAGCCUGUUAGUCGCUACAGGUUCUACCUGUAUUACUGCACACAAACUGGCUGUGGUCCUGCAACCAGUGAGGAGUACAUCACCAUUCCAGAAGCACCACCCUCUGUCUUGAACAUUAGCACCUCAGUUAGCGACAACUUUGCAAAUAUCAGCUGGAUUCUGGGGAAGGAGCAAACGGAUUCAGAGUUAUAUGUUGCAUAUAUGAAAAACCGUGAAGGUAACUGGAAGAUAUCUGAGGCCGUUAACUCCUCUAAGACUUUCCUGGUCAUUAAGGAGCUGGAGCCGGGGACAGAAUAUACAGUACGCAUUAUGGCUAAAAGCUGGCAUGAUAGUUCUAGCAUUUUUGAAGAUGUUAUCAGGACCAGGGCCAAAGGUUUGGCCAGCAUUCACAGUGGAAUUUCAAAUCAGGGCUGGUUUAUUGGACUGAUGUGUGCUGUGGCCUUGCUCACGCUCAUCGUGCUCAUCGCCUGCUUUGUAAACAGGAACAAAGGAGGGAAGUACUCGGUAAAAGAGAAAGAAGAUCUUCAUCCAGACUUGGAGUCUCAGGGCAUAAAUGACGACACGUUCUGUGAAUACAGUGAUAAUGAUGAGAAGCCCCUGAAAGGCAGCCAACACACACUGUCAGGAGACUUGAAGAGAGGGGACAGUGGGGACAGCAUAGUGGACUAUGGCGAUGAGGAUGUUCAGUUUAACGAGGAUGGAUCCUUUAUUGGAGAAUAUGCUGGGCAGAAGGAAAGGGCAUCCAUGGAAAUCAAAGGAACCUCUCAGAGCAAAGCAUGAAAGGACUAAUCCUAUUUCAUUUUGCUUACAAAUAUUUGGCACAGGGACAUAAAGGGAAAACAAAUGACAUAAUUCCCUUGAUUAUGUCAUGUAGUUAAAAAACAAUAAUCAAUGUGUUUAUUAUCAAUCAUGCGCUCAUGCUUAUGUUCUUUUAUAAGGAUUAGUUUCACACAAAUUGUAACAAACCAUUCAGUCGUUUUCAGCUGUAUAUAGAUGUCAGGUCUUCUCUUUAUAUUUUUUAAAUGAUGUCAAAGCUGCCAGGAGUAUGUUUGUUUUUGUUUUGUUUUUACUUUUCAUUUUUUUUCUUUUUCUUUUUUUUUGUCUUGGUAUUCCUAAUGUAAAAUAAGAAGAAAAACAGAGACGUUCCAGUCUUAAUUUGUUAUGCACUGUGAAGUCUCUGGAGUCUUUUCCAUUGCCUUCUUGUAGUCGAGCAAAUUGUCUGAGUAUGGAAUUAUUUUAUUUUUCCUUUUUUUUUUUUUCAUCUAAGCAAAUAUUAUUGAAGUUUUUUAUUCCGAUCUGCAUUCAUUCAGUGUAAUUAAAUAUGUGUACAAAAAGCUGUCCCUUAAAUUAUUUCCCCAAUUUUACGAGUAUGCAGAAUGGAAAAAAAAGGACAAAAUGAGAAUUAUAAAAGCAACUACGCAUUCCUUUUUACUAAAUCUGUAAGCAUAUCCUGUAUCCAACCAUAAGCCAUAUACAGUGCAUUGUUAUGUUGUGUUUGCUUCUAUUAACUCGUUGUAGUUUGCAAUAUGCAGUACCAUCAUGAUAUGUGAAAUAUAUAUAUAUUAUAAAAAAGACUUGUGCUAUCACCAUUAUAAUGUUUUUAUCUUGCAUUUACAAUAGAAUCAUCAUAUCACAAGGGAUUUACAUAGGCAAAAAUGCACACGUGCACUCUUUUAGUAAAUACUGUUGCAACUGUGGCUCACUUACACCACCUCUUACUCAUGGAUAAAAUAUGAAUUUCAGAGGAGGAUUUUUGACCCAGCUGGGUCUCAAGAUUUGAUGGUUACAGUUUGGAAUUCUAUAAACGUAACACACUAAUGGUGUUGAGCUGUUUAUUUCUAUCGUGAACUUUCCAGUUCUAAAAAUAAUUUAUUUUUAACUAGGCAAUUGGAUACAGACAUAGCUGCUUCGACCUAUCAUAACAGAUUGUUGAAUGGCUUUUGAAAUGCAAAGUUACAUUUAAAUGGCAUCAGGCAGCUACUCUUUACGAACAUUUUUAUGUUUGCAUGUCUAUGGAUGUUGACGAUGUUUCGCACAGAUUUGACAUUAAAUUUUAUUACUUGUCUUUUUUUCAUAUUUGGUGACUCGUAGCCAUCGCCUUUGUUUUUUCUUUCUCAUAUCACUAUUGUUCCAAAACUAGCAAAGUCAGAUCAUUGUGGUCUCCUGUGUUAAAUAAAUUUGCCUAAUUGUGAUGUUUCA